AUGGGCUCUGCCAACGAGUACUCUUUCGAUGCCGUGUUCCCGCCGGACGCGGGCCAGUCCGAGGUGUACGAGGGCACGGCCAAGCCGCACAUCUCCGAGCUCCUGGAGGGCAUCAACGUCACCGUCUUCGCCUACGGCGCGACGGGGGCCGGGAAAACGCACACCAUGAUGGGGUCGGAGAGGGUGGUCGGGGUUCGCGCCGGCGACGAGCCAACGGAAGUUUCUGGGAUUGUUCCUCAGUCCCUCGUCGAGCUCUUCCGCCUGCUGGCCGCGCGCGCGGAGGUUGGGAGCGGGGAGGAGGACGAGGCAGAAACGUGGAGCGUCCGCGUUGGGUACUUGCAGGUUUACAACGAGCAGAUCAUGGACUUGCUGAGCGAUUCAUCGAAGCCUCUGAAGAUCAACGAGGACCCCGCCAAGGGCGUAGUGGUGGUCGCAGGGCUCGCGGAGAUGGAGGUGACCUCGAGCGAAGAGGUCUUGGACCUGCUGCGUCAGGGUAACGCCAACAGGAGGACAGAGGCCACGGGGGCGAACCAGGUGUCGUCGAGGUCCCACGCCGUCCUGCAGGUGGUGGUGACGAGGACUCUCGAGAACGCCGUGUCCGGGAACCGGUCGGUGCGGGAGUCCAAGCUCUCCCUGAUCGAUCUGGCCGGAUCGGAACGGGCUUCCGCCACGAACAACCGGGGGGAACAGCUGCGGCAGGGCGCCAACAUCAACAAGUCACUGCUGUCCUUGGCCAACUGCAUCAACGCCCUGGCGGGCAACCGCCGCCGCCGCGGAGGAAAGGGCCCCGGAAACGUGAAGUACCGCGACAGCAAGCUGACCCACCUCCUCAAGGCCUCCCUCGAGGGCCGGUGCCGCCUGGUGAUGAUCGCUAACGUUAACCCGUCGCACGUGUUCUUCGACGACUCCCACAACACGCUCAAGUACGCCAACAGGGCCAAGAACAUCAAGGUCGAUCCGAAGACGACGGAGUCGGUGCGCGAGGCAUCGAGGCUCCUGACGGACAAGGAGGCCAAGAUGGCCAAAGACUACCAGGCACUCAAGGAGCGCAACCAGUUGAUGGAAGCCCAGCUGGAGUCGAUGAGGAACGCUCGCGGGUACAUCGCUCCCGAACCGGCCGGCUUCACGGACCUCUUCGCGCCCAACACGUCCUCCAUCAUGUCCGUUGCCAGCAGCACCCCCGGCUACACGGAACGGUACGGCGGCGGUAACGGUGCCCCCCCCCCCACCCAGCAGCAGCAGCAGCAGCAGCAGCAGCCGCAGCAGCAACUGACUGCACCGGCCCCUGCGGCCUCCGCCGCCGCCGCUGCCGGUGCCUACGCAGGGGGGUCUGCAAAACCCAGUGGUGGCGGCGGGGGUGGGGACACGGGGAGGCCGCGCCGGAGCGUCGGGAGAGGCGGGGAGGGGGCGGCGGCCGGCGGCGGCGGAGGGCAGGAUGGCAACGGCAUGCUACCGCCCCCCGUCCCGCGCGGCGUCAGGGGCGGCGAUCGGAGGAUGAGCGAGGAAGGGCUGAUCUCCACAGAUGAGGAGGGGGGGAUGGUGAUGGUGGGCAGCCCGGCGGGGGUUAGGCUGGGGAGGGGCUCGUUGUCGUCGUCGUCGUUUUCACCGUCUUCGUCGUCCUCGCCCUGCACGAAGAGGAAGAGGGCGGCCGCGGAGAGCGGCGGCGGGGAGGAAGAAGAGGCGCUGAAGGCGACCGCGGCGGCGGCGGCGGCGGCGGCGGAGAGGGAGAUCCAGGGGCUCCGGGCGGAGCUGGCCGCCGAGAAGACUCGGGUCUGUGAGCUGGAAGGCAAGGUGCGAGAGCUGGAGAGCUCGAUGGCGAGGAUGGGCGCGCAGCACGACGUGAACAUGGAGCUGAUCGCCACAUUCCGAGACCAGAAGGAAACCGCGGAGGAAGCCGCGGAGUACGAGCGGACCACAGCGGAUGAGCUUCUUGCCUUGCUCAAGGAAAAAGAAGCGGAAGUUUCGCAGCUAAGGUCGGAGUUGGACGGGGUCGGCUCCCGGUCGGUGGGAGCGGGUGCGGCGGGGAGCAGCGUAGGGGACGAUGCUACCAGGACGGCCGCAGACGACGGCGAUAGCGCGUGCGCAAGCGGCGGAGGGCAGGGCGCUGCGAUGAGCGGUUUCGGUGGCGGUUCGAGCGGUGUCCGAUCCGGGCUGAUGAUGGAAGGGGACAGCGGUGCCUUCGGCGGUACUCUGGGGCAGAUCGAGGAGAACGGGGGCGGUGGGGCGGAGGGCAUGGAGCUCGAGAACGCCGUCGCUGGCAGCGCCGGCGGCGGUGUUGUUCGACAACAACAGGCGACCGGGCUGUCCGACAGAGGCUCGCGUGACUCCAUCAGCAGCGGCACCAGCACCACCUUGGGAGGAGCUACCACGGCGGCGGCUUCGGCAGCCUCGGCGGAGGUGGCCUCCGUCAUGAAGUCCAACCGCAGAAAGAGCAGCAUGAUAUCGCGGUCGAGGAAGUCUAUGAUCCCGGCCCCUCGGUCAUCGGGCAGGAGCGCCAGCUCUAGACUGUUGGGCGACGUCACCAACUCUAGCAGCACGAGGCUCAACGAUCACCUUGGUGGUGGCAGCAGCAGCGGCGGCAGCAGUAGCAGCGGCUGCUGCAACACCCCCUGCGACGCCAACAAGAAGGGAGCCGUAAAGCGCGCAGCCUCUGUGCACGACAGCGGUGGCGAUGGCUCUCACGGGGUGGCCGCAGUCGACUUCGCUACUACGAGGGACGGGGCGGCUGGAAGGAGCAAGGCGAGCUCGCGGCGAGCGUCGUCGAGGACCGGGCAGACCCCGCAGCGGCAGACGGUGGCCGGGCGCACUCGCUCAAGGGUGUCGAUGGCCCCUGCAACGUUGCGCAGCGUCCGGUAAAAGGAUGAGUCUUUCUUCGUCGGCGCCGAAUGCGUCUUUGCCUCUGUAGCUCACGGCAGCUUUUGGCAGCAGUGCCAAUGGGGGGGAUUUGUGGCCGGAAUAUAUUUUGUGUCUUUGGAGUUUGGGCCGAAUGGGAGAUCCGCUAUGGUGACCGGGCGCGCGUGUGUGUGGUGUCCUCGUCCGGGAUUGUCGAUCCGUGGGUGCAGACGUGUUUUAUCAGAACGUUCGCCGCCCUUCGCGACGCCCACUGGUGGGUGUGCUUCAACGCUUAUCAUUAGUCUUAGCUCCGAGGUGUAGAUGCUUGAUGCGCGGAUUUUUGGGUCGAUUUAGGUAUCCACACAUUAUUUUUUUCUCAGAAUCCCGGUUGUUAGGCCGCGCGAAGUUACGGUACACCGUGCCCGGUUUUCCGGCCGGCACGGAGAUAGGCGUUGCUUGACGGGGAGUCGGGGUUGGCGGAACGUUUGGUCAAUUAGCAUGGGGGGCGCAACGUUUGAGGCGGGAAAUUUAUUGCGGUGUCAACACACGUAUUAGACUAUACGAGUGGUUUUGUUUCAAGUUUUUUCGAGAGUAUGGCUGUCACGGCAUUCACUCAUCAGGGAAGGGAGGCGUGUUCAUAUCCGCGGCCGGGGCGCCGUGGGCGAGAAGUGGGUACGGCGAGGGGGAGCUCUAGGCGGUACGGGGGGCUGGUGACGGCUGACGAAGUCGUUGCGUAUUUUAUAUCGUUUCGUGCUGUUUGCUUCGGAUCACGUUUGAUGGGGGGAGGGAGUGUUUUUCGUCCUCGGAAGGGUACUGACGUGCCUCGCAGGCUUGGCGAUUGAGAGUGAUGGGUGCUUGAGAAUGGGCCAGUUUCGACUGAAAACUGAGCUAAUACCUCGGCGGACGACGGUUACUCACUUCCGUAUGGUGCAGCUGGCGUGUGUACGCGGUGGAACGAGGUGUGGUUAACGCAACCGCUUAUGGUGCGGUUCUGGUGCUGAUGCUGUGUCGCAGCGUAGACAAAUUAAUACAAUCAGGCCGCCGAUGUUUCGAUGCCCUAAUCAAGUCUGUUUACCAUGUUUGCAACAACGUGUGUGUGUACUGAGUCAU